CUCUCUCUCUCUCUCUCUCUCUCUCUCUCUCUCUCUCUCUCUCAUUGUCAUUUGAUGGGGAGACCUCCUUGCUGUGAUAAAUCAAACGUGAAGAGGGGGCUUUGGACAGCAGAGGAAGAUGCAAAGAUACUUGCAUACGUAGCCAACCACGGCAUUGGUAACUGGACUUUGGUUCCCCACAAAGCAGGACUGAAUAGAUGCGGUAAGAGCUGUAGGCUUAGGUGGACGAAUUAUCUGAGGCCAGAUCUCAAGCAUGACAACUUCACACCCGAGGAAGAACAGCUUAUUCUUGACUAUCAUAAAGUUAUUGGGAGCAGAUGGUCUUUGAUAGCACAACAACUACCUGGAAGAACAGACAAUGAUGUCAAAAACUAUUGGAAUACAAAGCUGAAGAAGAAGCUUUUCAAGAUGGGAAUUGAUCCUCUAACCCACAAACCCUUCUCUCAGAUCCUCUCCGACUAUGAAAAAAUUGCCAGUCUCCCAGUACUCAACAUUUCCACAAACAUGUCAUCUUUAGUUCCAAUUGAACUUUCAUGUAUCACGACCAUCAAUCAACCACUGCCACAGCAGUUCAUUAGCCAAGAAACCGUGCAACAACAUGAAGUUCCCUCUUUGACUUCAUCAUCGUCAUCUUCUUAUAGUGUCACGCAAUUGAGCUCUCCACGAUCCUUUUCUUGCCUAUCAUCUCCAGUUCCAGUGGCACCAUCUUCUCCCUCUAGUUGGUGUUCUGAGUUUCUUCUUGGAGACCCUAUUCUGUCUUCGGAUAUGGAUCCAAAACAAGAGCACAAUUUGCAGGUUCCCUUGAUCACAUUGCAAAGCAACAAACCACACUAUCAGUUCAGUGAAGUUGCACAAGAGAGAGGUUGUGAAGCAAUGUACAUUGGAGGUCAGACAGAGCGGUACUGUUCUGAAGCUGCUUCAACUUCUUCUGCAAAUUCAUUUGUGGAGGCCAUAUUGGAUAGAGACAGCGAGAUACAGUCUGAAUUUCCUGAAGUUUUGAAUGAAUAUUUCAGUUUCUGAGUCCUUUAAAUUCUCACUCACACACUAGUAGGCAAGUUAAUGUAGGCUUGUGAUGGUUCUGGUUAUAGCUUGCUUAGAAGUAUGAGCUUGGUAAUGCUCUCUACUAAUUACUACCUGUUUGAAUCUGAAGAGAACAAAUUGAAUAAACAAAAAAAAAUUUAGUUUCCCACUGAAGCUACUCGACAUUUUUAACUAUUAUUUGGUAGAUUUGGCCUACUACAU